CGAACAAUGACGACGCUACGUGUCAGCGAGCAGGAGAUGGGACCGCGGGAGACGAGAUCCGGCUGAACGGAUUCACCAACGCGACAGCGGCAGGCGGCGGAGGCGAAGCAGAAGGAGGAGGAGGAGGAGGCUAUCCGGGGGAUCUUUAUCUGUGUGCGUUGGAUCAUCGGGUAACGUCCGCUACCCGAGAGCGGUCCGUCAGGUGAGUCGGAGCGACGUGGUGCGGGGAAUGCGUCCCUCCACGAGGACGAGGGGAGAAGUCGCUCCCCGCGGAGUCGUUCCCGUUGUCUGCGCGCCGUGGAUCUGAAGAAAAUUGUAAAAAAAAAAAACACGAGGCCUCGUCUCGCGAACAAAGCCUCCACCUACUCCUCCUCAUCAGAGAGAGAGACAAGGCAGAGACGGUGGCAAGGACAGCCUCGGGGAGAAGAGGAAGAGAAGAGAAAGCACAGCAAACGUCAUCAUCAUCAUCAGGAGCAGCAGCGGAGGCGGAAUCAUCUCUACUGGAAUCCAGAGAGAGGGAGAGAGACAAAAGUGGAUGGGCACUGCUGAAGGAACAGGCCUCGCCAGCCAGUCUACCGUGAGCUCCAUGUGAAAUCGGAGGGGGGGGAGAGUCUGUGUGUGUGUUGGGGCCAGCCCUGUGCAUGGUGAGGCAUUCCCUGUGUGUGUUGGGGUCUAUCCCUGUGUGUGUCUUGGGGCUAACCUUGUGUGUGUGUUGGAGCUGACCCUGUGCAUGGUGAGGUCUUCCCUGUGUGUGUUGGGUUCUAUCCCUGUGUGUGUGUUGGGGCUAACUCUGUGUGUGUUGGGGUCUAUCCCUGUGUGUGUGUUGGGGAUAACACUGUGUGUGUGUUGGGGUCUAUCCCUGUGUGUGUCUUGGGGCUAACCUUGUGUGUGUGUUGGGGCUGACCCUGUGCAUGGUGAGGUCUUCCCUGUGUGUGUUGGGUUCUAUCCCUGUGUGUGUGUUGGGGCUAACUCUGUGUGUGUUGGGGUCUAUCCCUGUGUGUGUGUUGGGGAUAACACUGUGUGUGUGUUGGGGUCUAUCCCUGUGUGUGUCUUGGGGCUAACCUUGUGUGUGUGUUGGGGCUGACCCUGUGCAUGGUGAGGUCUUCCCUGUGUGUGUUGGGUUCUAUCCCUGUGUGUGUGUUGGGGCUAACUCUGUGUGUGUUGGGGUCUAUCCCUGUGUGUGUGUUGGGGAUAACACUGUGUGUGUGUUGGGGUCUACCCUUGUGUGUGUUGGGACUAACUCUGUGUGUGUGUUGGGGGCAGCCCUGUGCAUGGUGAGGCCUUCCCUGUCUGUGUUGGGUCUAUCUCUGUGUGUGUGUUGGGGUCUAUCCCUGUGUGUGUGUUGGGGCUAACCUUGUGUGUGUGUGGGGUCUAACACUGUGUGUGUGUUGGGGUCUAUCCCUGUGUGUGUGUUGGGGCUAACCUUGUGUGUGUGUUGGGGUCUAACCCUGUGUGUGUGUUGGGGCUAACUCUGUGUGUGUGUUGGGGCUAACUCUGUGUGUGUGUUGGGGUCUAUCCCUGUGUGUGUGUUGGGUCUAUCCCUGUGUGUGUGUUGGGUCUAUCCCUGUGUGUGUGUUGGGUUCUAUCCCUGUGUGUGUGUGUGUUGGGGCUAACACUGUUUGUGUUGGGGUCUAACUCUGUGUGUGUGUUGGGGUCUAACCCUGUGUGUGUGCUGGGUCUAACACUGUUUGUGUUGGGGUCUAACACUGUGUGUGUGUGUUUGGGUCUGUACAUGUGUGUGUGUUGGGGUUAACACUGUGUGUGUUGGGGUCUAACCUGUGUGUGUGUUUGGGUUAACACUGUGUGUGUUGGGGUCUAACCUGUGUGUGUGUUGGGGUCUAACCCCGUGUGCGUGUUGGGGCUAACCCUGUGUGUGUGUUGUGGCUAACCCUGUGUGUGUGUUGGGGUCUAACCCUGUGUGUGUGUUGGGGUCAGUUCAUGUGUGUAGUGGGGUUUGUCUCUGUGUGUGGUGAGACCUUACCCCGUGUGUCCGGUGGUGGAGAGCGAGCUCGGGGUGACCUACACCAAUGUUGUGACCUACACCAACGCCACCCAACAUCGACGGGCUUCUUCACUCUGGCUCCCCGCAACAUCCCUUGGAGUCCACACGCCUCUACACCUCCUCUUCCUCCUCGCCGGCGUCGUCCUGUGGAACUCUGAACUGUUUUCACGAACAACUCAUUGCUAAACCGCCCCCCCUCCCAUCCCGGCCCUGCCCACCCGGCUAAACUGUGACGGGGGACGGGAGGUGGCACGGCGGCGGAUAGGGGCCCUCUCCUCCGGGGAGGUUGGGCAUGUGGCGAUGUUGUGGGGAUCCUGAGCAACUGACGAGCCGCUCGUGCUGGCCUUGCGGGUGGGGACGAGGCUGGCCUGCCGCUCCGGGAGAUAGAACGCUGCUGCUGCUGCUGCUGCUGCCGCUGCUGCUGCCGGGAGGAGCAGAUGUUUCGUUGAGCACGUGCCGCGGCCAGCAUGGACUGUCUCUGCAUCGUGACCACCAAGAAAUACCGCUACCAGGAUGACGAUGGCUCCCCUCCGGAGCAGAGUCCCGUGCGAGCGCCAAGCGACGAUGGUGACGAUGGCGACGGUGGAGGCGGCGGUGGUGUCGGCAGUGGGGCCACGGCAAUGUCGGCCAUGUCGGUUGCCCCAGAGCUCGUCCACGUGUCGGAGAAGAAGCUGUCGCAGCUGGAGAGCGUCCACGGAUACGUGUCGCACUCACACAUCUCUCCACUCAAGAAAGGGGACUCCUUGACUGCAAACAUCCGGCAGUUCAGCAGCAGCGGUUCGCACAGCUGCGACUGCUGA